AUGGAACACUUCGAAUCAGUUGUUCUUCAAUCAGCAGACAGACCUGUAGCAACUGGUUCCGGUGAACAAAUGGCAUGGAUUACUCGACUUCAGGAUAAGGAAUUUUAUCUCAAAUGUUUAUGGUCAAGUUGUUUUAUGGUAUACGAUACUUUGAAUGAUCUGUUGCAACAUAUGCGAUCCCAUAUAGAACAGUUAUCAGUUCAUGAUCAGAAUGAAGAUAGUAUUAUUGUAUGUCCGAUCAAUGGAUGCAGUAAAACACUUGCUACAGAGCAUCAUUUGUAUCGUCACCUCUACAUGCACAAUUAUCAUAUUCGGCGACAGUGGACUGGUUUAAAUGUUAUUUUCAGUCGGGAUUAUGUAGCAAAUAUUUCACAUUGCGGUUUUCGUACAUCUAUGGAACUUAUAUAUGAUGGUUCAGCAAUGGCAUGUGGAUGGGUUAAUUGUAAUACACUUUGGGAUGACAUUGAUUUGUAUUGUAAUCAUGUUGAUGAUCAUAUUGAUUCACUUGGUGCCACGGAUCGUGAUCAGCGCUAUCAACUAAGUUGUGGUUGGCAAGGUUGUAAAAUGCAUUUCAAGAAUAAAGCCAAUCUUCGAGUACAUUGCCGGCAUCAUUCUGGUGACAAAACUGCCGCUUGUCCAUAUUGUGGCGUUUUCUUUGCCAAUAACUCAAAAUUGAUUGAUCACAUGCUUCGUAAAAAUCAAAUUGGACCGGAAGCACUAGAAAACGGGGAGUUUCGAACCAUUUAUUCUUGUCAUUUAUGUCAAAAACAAUUUGGUACACAACGUUUAUUACGCGAACAUUGCCGUCGUCAUGUUAUGAAUCAUAAGUGUAAAUACUGUACAGUGACCGUCGACAGUCCAUCUGCAUUGAAAAGGCAUGUUGCUGCUGUGCAUGCUAAAUGUCGGCUUUAUACUUGUUGUUAUUGUGGCCACAGUUUUUCUCAAAAAGCAGAUGUUGACCGUCACAUGGUUGUUCAUUCUAACGAACUUGCGCAUAAAUGCGGACAUUGCGGUGAGCAGUUUCGUUGGAAAAAACAGUUGACAGCACAUAUUCGAAAGCAUGAUAAGGUUUACAUACCGUAUACUCACUUGUGCCAUUUAUGUGAUGCAAAGUAUGCAAAUGGUUUUGGUUUAAGCCGACAUUUAAUCCGAAAACACAAAUGCUCAAUACCACGUGGAUUUACACGAUUUCAGUAUAAAAAAUGCAAAGAUGGUUAUGCUCGACUACAGACAAAACGUUGUUUAAGCAGAAGUUUAGCUAUGGAUUUAGGCUGCUAUGUAGGUGAGACAAAAGAAAAAGCAUGA